AUUGUUUAUAUCAAAAGCUAAAUUUAUGCCUUGUUUUAUAUCCUUAGUGAGCUAGGAAAUUAAAUGUCUGUGGAAUACAAUAAGCCGAAGGAAUGGGUAUUUGCAGAAGCUAUACACUCCAUGUACCAGGCACCUUUGUAUCAUCUCAUUCUUGAGGGAUUGUUGCUUGUCUGGAUAUUUCGGUUGCUUUUCUUUAAAAGUUACAAAAUCCAAAACAAAAUCCCGCUAAGCAAGAAAGAGAAAGAUGACCUCGUAAAAGAAUGGACACCUGAGCCACUUGUUCCUGACCUGCAGAAAACGCUAAGUUUGUCAACUCCAUAUAAGGAAAUAACGGGGCGUCCAGGUAAAAUGAUAACAGUGGACGGAAAGGAAUGUUUAAAUUUAGCUUCCAUGAACUUUCUCGGAUUGUUGGGUAAUGAAAGAAUUGCUGAAAAAUCUUCGGCUUCAAUUCGUAAAUAUGGGGUUGGUGCUUGUGGACCAAGAGCUUUUUACGGAACAGUUGAUGUUCAUGUUGAAUUGGAAGAAAGACUGGCUGAGUACAUGGAAUCAGAACGGGCCAUCAGUUAUGCUUAUGGCUUUGCAACAAUUGCGAGUGCAAUACCUGCCUAUUCAAAACGAGGCGACAUUAUCUUUGUAGAUGAAGCCGUUUGCUUUGCUAUUCAAAAAGGUCUCCAUGCAUCAAGGAGUAACAUUGUUUAUUUCCGCCAUAAUGAUUUGGACGAUUUGGAAGAAAAACUGAAAAUUCAAGCAAACUUAGAUAAAAAGGAUCCGAAAAAGGCAUCAGUGACUCGUAAGUUUAUGGUGGUUGAAGGAAUCUACAUGAACACAGGAGAAAUCUGUGACUUGCCUCGACUUGUUGACUUAAAAUAUAAAUACAAAGUUCGUUUGUUUGUUGAAGAGUCGCUUUCUUUUGGAGUUCUUGGACAACAUGGCAGAGGUGUAACUGAACAUUACAAUAUUCCUAUUGACAAAGUUGAUUUGGUUGUUGGGAGCAUGGAGUAUGCGCUUGCUUCUAUUGGUGGUUUCUGUUGUGGCCGUGGGUAUGUGAUUGACCACCAACGUUUGUCAGGACAUGGUUAUGUUUUCUCUGCUUCACUUCCACCAUUGCUUGCACGUGCUGCUGUUGAAGGUCUCGAUAUUUUGCAAGAUGAACCUGAAAUAUUCAACAAGAUACGAGCAAAGGGAAAACUGAUGCAGGAACUGAUGAAAGAGGUACCAGAGUUAAAAAUAUCAGGUUUCUAUGAAUCUCCUUCGUUUCAUAUUCGAAGAAAAUCCACAACCAACCAAUCAGAAGACGAGAAAUUCCUUAAAGUUCUUGUUGAUCAGUGCUAUCAGAAUGGUGUGUGUCUUUCUAUUGCAAGUCGCUUAUCCCAUGAAGAACAUAUUGCCGAUUGGCCAGCCAGUAUCAGGGUAUCUGUGUCUGUAGAAAUGAGCGAUGAUGAAAUAAAGAUGGCAGCUCAUGUCAUCCAACAAGCUGCUCGUUAUGCUGAACAACAAAUCUGACAUUGCAUUGUUUUAAUUGCCCGAUUAUUCCCAUAUUGCUAUUCAGAAUUUGCCUUAAGAAACCUCGUUAAUGCAUGCAUGCUUUCAGUCUUAUCUUCAGUCACGUUGCACGUCAAUUAACGCUUAGAUUUAUAAACAAAGAUUUACCAAAAUUUUUAUAAUUACUUGCCUAUUCUCGUUAGCUGUUUUAAUUUUUAAGUUUAUAGUUGCGUUAUUUUUGUUGGUUGUCAAAAGUAGUGUUUCAUAUGUUUUAAUUCCCUUUUUUUAUAAUAAGCCAUGUACGAUUAAAAACAUCUGAAUUAUAUUAACAUAGGUGCAAACUUAGUAACAUACUAACUAUGUGUUGUAUACAUAUCUAAAAUAACCUGCUUUAAGUUACUGUUAAAUAGUGGCAAUAUAUGCUUGUUAGAGAGCCUUAUAUUAUGCGCCCAUUGUUGUGCUUGUAGUUUAAAUUUGUUAGGAGCAACCAUGUCAUUUACUAAACAUAUGUUUGAUUCAUGUAAUUUCAG